AUGGCAGGGGACUGGAAGGCACUUGUAUUGGUGGUGGGCUUGGCAGUAGUGUCCUGUGAGGCCCAUCGCCGUCUGAGAUAUGAGGAUAUCGUCAACAGGGCUGUGAACAUCUACAAUAGUGGGCAGCGGGGAAAGCCUCUCUUCCGGCUGCUGGAAGCCAUUCCACCUCCUGGACCAAACUUUACCUCCAGGAUCCCACUCAACUUCAUCAUUAAAGAGACAGUAUGCAUUUCCACCCCAAGGAGCCAGCCACAAGAAUGUGCCUUCCGUGAAGGAGGGGAGGAGCGAACUUGCACUGGAGAAUUCUGGAGGCGGAGGGUGAGCUUCCUGAUCGUUACCUGCGACAGGGUCUUCGAGAACCCGACACCGGUCAACAGGGUGACGCGUUCUGAUGAUGACCCUGCUAAGGAUUUCCUGGGCAAUGUGCCGCCGGCGGCCAGGGAAGCAUAUGAGAAAGCCAAGUACGACAUCAUCUCCAACAUCCUGAGUAAUUUCUAGGGCUGGAGAGGACAGCUUCCCCUACCCCACUCAUCCACCUCCCUCUGCUGCCUUCAGCACCUCCUUCCUGCACAGUCCAGGGUGCCCCCUUGCAGAGCACCCCCAACCCUGAGCUGAACACUGGUCACUGCGCCUUUGCACACUGCUUCUCUCUGCCUGGACUUCCUGCCCCUCCUGUGUCUGUAGGUCCCACCUCCAAGGCAUAGCUCAUAAGUUACCCCUUGCAGGAAGCCUCCCUGCUCUCCCAGGGCAGAAGUGGACUCUCCUCAUCCCCUUACUCACAAUUCUCAAAGCCAUGUUGGCAUUAUCUGCUAUAUUCCCAGCCAGCUGGCUGUGGAGUGAAUUUCUCAAUGAGAUGCUUCUGGUGUCCUUGGGAGGGCAGUUUCUUUUGUGCAAGACACCUAAUACCCUUGCUUCCUGCCCAGUUACUGUGACAACCAAAUGCCCCUUCACAUAUCCAGACUCUUCCAAGGAGAUCGCACCAUCCUUGAGAAGAAAGGGUGGGGGUGUCAAUGAAAAGUUUCUGAUAUAAAUAAAUGACUGAGUGAAUGAAUAAACUGUUAGAGACUGGACUGAACUGGCU